AUGUCGGACACAGAGGCCACCCCCUCGAAGCUCAUGCCAUGGACCGAGGAAGCAAAGACUCAGUUUUUGCUUCGCAUCAUCGCUCAACUUCGAGCGGAUGGGAAAAGCAUCAACUGGACCCGCCUUCGCAUGGAAGGUCGUACGACCAAAUCACUGCAGAAUCAGUGGACCAAAGUUAACAAGGAAAUCUCCGAGAUUGAGGACGCCGAAAAUGGCGAGAACGGGACGGGCACCCCGACCAAGCCAAAGGCUACUCCUCGCAAAGGUCGUGCCAAGAAGGUUGAGAAGUCGGAGGCUGUCGUUGCCCCCGGAGCCAGUGACGAUGAGGGCGGGUCGGAAGCCAAGGUGACUCCAAAGAAGCGUGGUCCCGCUGCGCGUCGCGGUGGCGGCAAAGGCUCUGCCAAGAAGGUCAAGCGAGCGGAGUCGGACGAUGAGGGAGCAAAGAAGGAAGAGGCUUCCGACGAGGAUGAUGGUGCCGAGAAGGAUUAG